AAACUAUUCCUAAAUAAUUUUUAGCAUAAUAAAAAUAUUUUAAAAUUAUCAGAGUCAUAAUUACAUAGAAUCAUAAAUUUCCUAUACGAUUUCAUACAAAAUAGCAACAGAGAAUCCCCCUACUUCCAAUACCAUUUUGUAGUUAAUAAGGUUUAAACUCGUGACCUCAAUGUCACAAAGUAAGUUCUCCACCAACUCCGUAUCGGAAAACACUUUAUUAGUGAUUCUAUAAAACCGUAUAGACUAGAGAGACGGUACUUUAUUAAACUGUUUUUUAAAAAAAAAAAUAAAAAAUAGACUGUGGUCACUCGCUACUGCUCGUAUAAAUUUAUACUCAACCGUGAUCAUUCAGUCAUUCACCAAGUACAUUUUCCUCAUCAAAAUAGGAACCUUUCCCUGUAAUCUGGAUUAUAACACUCGAAAUUCCAAAGGUAUGAGUUUUUUCCUUUCAAUUUUGUCUUAAUCAACGUGUAUAAAUUUAUCUUGUUCGAUAAAAAAAAUCAAAUUGAGUUUAUGCCCACCAACUGUUUGUUGAAAUGCUUCAGAGACUACUUUUCGACAACCCUCGUUCAUAUCAUCGUAAUUAUGCCCAAUACAACUUAAUAUGCACAAUUUCAUCUCUCUCAACUCAUUUUUCUGGGGAAAAUUCAGUUCAGAGUGAUAGUAUAGAUGCCCAAAUAGUAUCAUUAUGCAGAAAAGACCAAUCUUUUGCAGCAGCAGCUGCAUUAUUUGACAAUGCCUUUAGUUUAGGGACAACCCCUUCUGCCCAAACAUGUAAUUUCCUCGUUAAUGAGCUUAGGAAUGCAGGGGAGCAUAAAUUGGCAUAUUCGGUGUAUAAGAAAAUGACCCAUGUUGGUGUUCAGCCACUGUUCUAUUCACUGGCUGCCCUGGUUGAGUAUUUGGUGAGAUCGCCCGAGCCUGCUUACGCUUUAGGGGCUGUUGCGCUGUUACGGAAGCGUGGUUUUGGGGUUAAAGUAUACCUCAUGAAUAUUGUACUAAAGGGUUUGUGUCGAAACGGGGAAAUAGAUAGAGCAAUGCAGGUUUUGCAAGAAAUGUCGAACAACUCUAUAAUGCCUGAUAAUAUUAGCUACAAUACAGUAACCAAUGCUCUUUGUAAGGCAAAGAGGGUGGUGGAUGCGUCAAAUUUGAUGGAUCAAAUGAAGAGAGCAGGUUGCUGUCCUGAUGUGAAAUCGUAUACUAUUAUUAUAGAUGGCUUGUGUAAAAUGGGUAAGGUGGAAGAUGCGAUGGGAUUGAUGGAAGAGAUGAAGGAAAACAAUUUUGAUGUGGAUGUUGUUGCUUAUAGUGCUCUCAUCAAAGGUUUUUGCAUACAAGGAAAUGCUGAUAAAGUUGAAGAGCUUUUUCAUGAAAUGUUGGAAAGGGGAUUGACUCCUAAUGUGAUCUCUUAUUCGUGUGUGUUGCAUUUUUUUUCCACAAUGGGCCAGUGGAAAAAAGUUGCAGCAAUGGUAAAAGAGAUGACGGGAAGGGGGAUAUAUCCGGAUGCAACUAUAUAUUCAGGUCUAAUUGAUGGACUUUGCAGAAAUCAGAAGACUACAAAAGCUAUUGCCAUGUUGAAGUUGAUGCUAGAGAAAGGUGAAGAACCACUUGCUGCAACGUACAAUAGUGUGAUCAGUGCUCUUUGCAAAGAUGGUUUGGUAUCUGAGUCUUUUGAUAUAUUGAAAAUGAUGAUGGAUAAGGGGAGGAAGCCCGACAUGCUUACAUACACUACAUUGCUCAAAGGUCUUCUUGACAUUGGUAAAGUUGAUGAUGCGAUAAUGAUUUUUAAUUCAGUAUUUGAAGAUGAAGCUUAUGUUCAGCCAGAUGCUAUGGCAUUCAAUACAAUGAUCAUAGGGCUUUGCAAGGAAGGUUGCCUUAGUAAGGCUGAAGAAUUUUACCGUAAGAUGGUUGUAGCAGGAAUCUGUGGGGAUGAGGUCACUUAUACCACACUCAUUGGGGGGUAUCUGAAGGCAGGAAAUGUUUAUGAAUGUCUGGAGAUAUGGAAAAACAUGCUCAGGGAGAGAAUAGUUCCAACUUCAUACACAUAUGGCAUCUUGAUUGAUGGUUUCUGCAAGUUGCGUAUGAUUAACAUUGCGAAAGGUCUUUUUUUGAAAUUGAAGGAUUUUGGUUUGAGUCCCCGAGAUGUGGACUAUAAUAUGUUGAUGACAGCAUUGUGUAAAGAAGGUAGUGUGGAUCAGGCAAGGAUGUUAUUCAAUAAUAUGAAGGAAACAAACUGUGAACCAUGUAUUAUCUCAUUUAUGGUGAUGAUUCACGGAGCCCUUAAAUCAGGUGAUUUCCAUUAUGGCAAAACACUACUCACCGAUAUGCUUCAAAGGGGUUUGGCUCCUGAUGCUAUUUUGUUUUCCACGCUAAUUGGGAGGUUCUCAGAUGUUGGACUGAUGGAUGAGGCCAAGCAACUUUUUGAAAGGAUGGUUGCUAAAGGCUUCACACCUACUAGUGAUGUUUAUCAGAAUUUGCUUAUGGGGUAUUGUUUAAAGGGUGAUAUGAAUGAAGUUAUUAAUUUGCUUCAUCAAAUGGCAGCUGAGAAUCUUGAGCUAAACUCAGAGAUGAGAGCAACAAUCUUGACAUGUCUGUGUCAUUGCACUGAUUUGAAUAUGGUGGAUCUUCUUCCGACAUUCUCUCAAGAAGCUCUAAAAGAAGAUGGCAUCCCUUGCAAUGAUUUUCUUGAAAAUCUUCAGAAGUUCCAUUCUAAAAUUCCAAAGCUUGCUUCUUAAUGCCCUUCCUGAAGAAACUUUAGCUUGUGUGAUGGCUAGUGGGCUCUUUGUUGAUUGCAUUCUUCACUUAACCACAAGUAACUUUCUGUUUGGAUUCGACUCCUCUAGAAAUAGCAGCAAAUGAGGCAGCGGUUCUUGAAACUGAGCGCAACACAUGCAGAUGAACACAAUCAAAAGUUUUGAGAGAUAAACGAGGUAAGUAUGGGUCAGUAUCCAAACAUUGUUGAGGCAUCUGAGAGUUCAGAGACACAAAUUGCUGCUCCACAUCAAUUGACAAACAAUGUUGUUGUACAUGAAAUUCAACACAGCGCUCUUGCUGUUGAAGCUAUAUAAUGUUUACAGGAAAUGAUCAAUAAUGGUAUGAGCCAGAAUUUAAAUCUUGAUAUUACAUGUUUACCGAAUUGAUUGAUUAGGCUUACGGGACUAGGCUCACGCAUCAUGAGCUUGGACAGGGAAAUAACCAUCUUAUAGGGUAGUAAAGCAGAAACUAUUCCACAGGAGGAGUCAGAUUAUUUUUAACAUUGACCUUUUUACUGUCUAGAUCAUUUUUAGUGCACAUUAUGUCCUAUGGUCCAGAAUAUUGCUCAUGAUGAUUUUUCUUUGAGCUUUUUCAUCCAUCCAUAUUGAUUAUGUAUAUUAGCUGUAAAAGACAUGAUUCUGUUUACGGAAAGAGUUGCACAUCUGAUGACAGAUAUUACAGAAAAUGAUUACACUAAUUCACUAACAGCUGAUUUUUGCUGAGAUUAGAAUUGUUGAACUGAAAGAUAAUUAAUUAUGAGACGUAAUUACACAACUGCCAAUCUGCCAUCCCUCCGGAGUCUGGAGAGCGAACGGAGAUAAUUAAUUAGCAGAUGUUCAUGUUAUCAUGUAUGCAAAUAGUAGAUCUUAAUUUAUCAGUUUUUGAGAAAUUUCAUAUCCAAUCUUAUGCUAAUGCUUCAAUCUGUUAAAACUUUACUUAAGCUUUAGAUUAUCGGCGAAGUCCACUGAUGUGCAAAAUUUGGAAACUC